CUCGCCGUGCCCCCGCACACCUUGUCACGUAAAUCGUAUCAUUCUACUUAGCCACAAGGCAACCCUCAACCUGCAACCUGCAAGCCCAUACACUCUGCCCUCGCCGGAGUGACAAACAACAAUAUGGAUCUCACGAUACUGUAUCCAUGCACGAAACAAUGCAGCCAAGCGGGCCAGACGUCCUGCUCGAGCACGAGCAGCCCGGCCUGCCAAUGCUCGGCGACCGACGCUGUCAAGGAGAGCAUGUGUUGCGCGCAGUCGGUGUGUGACGCGUCCACGUACUCGAUCCUCCAGACAUACGUGAUAGCGUACUGCGAUGUCUUCAAUGUGAACCUUGGAUACGUGCGGAAUCUAGAUUGUCGCGAUGCUGCGAAUGGCACCGACGGCUCGACGAACAACACGACCACGAACAACACCUCAUCCGGGUCUUCAUCCGGGUCCUCAUCGCGCGGAGGCUUGAGCACCGCCAUGAUCGGCGGCAUAGCGGGCGGCAUUGCCGGCGCGCUUCUCCUCGGCGGCCUGGCCGUAUGGCUUUGCAUGCGCAGCAGGCGGCCGCGGCAAGCACAAUGGCAACAACAACCAUACGGCGUGGUCCCUCAACAACCAGGCGGGAGCGGCCCACCACCGCCAUUCCCCCAAAUGGCAGUCCCAGGCGCUGUGGCUUCGCCAGUUUACACCGGUGGCAGUGGAUACACUGCACUCCCUACGCAGCCGGUCAUGUCGGAACUGGCGGGGAAGCCGGCGGCGGCGGCGGCAAUUUCAUCGUACCCCGUAGCCAACACGUUGCAGAAGCCCAUGUCUGCGCCAAUAGCACCAGUCUCGCCAGUCUCGCCGCAGGGGCACACAGGAGUAGGUCAGCCGGCGUAUGGUCAGGGCUAUGCUCCUCCAUAUCAGCAGCAUUUUGUGCAGUCGGCAGAGCUGGAAAACACUGCGCCUGGGCCGAGGGAACUUGAUGGGAAUGCUGGUUCACCGAGACGAUGAGCAAAUUGAUAUUUGUCCCACUGAAAUAUGUACUGUUGUUGACAAGACUAAGAUCAUACUAAUUUAAGCCUAAUGUGAACAAAAACCAUAUUCUGUACAUCUGCCGAUGCGCACUUUCGGGAGGAAAAGAGUGGGCAGUUGGGAAUUGGAAAGCUUCCUUAACGAACCUUCACUAGCUCAAUCCGGGACUCGAACAGGAGUCCAGUCGAUGAAUGCAUUGGCUUCAACCAAAACCACUGCAUGUGUUGCCUGCGUCAUAGCGUGCUUUGCGGAAUAUGGACAAGUUCACCACUCAAACAAGCCUGAUCACUGUCGAGAUUUGCUGGGGCCAAUCGUGAAUAUUGCCGCCCUCGCAAUGCGCCCAUGCGAAGCCCACCCGGCGAUAACAUUGCAGAACAUUACCCUGGGUGCCGUCAUUAGAAUUAAACUUGUGCUCACUGAUGGAUGCUCCUCGUGUAACGUCGUUGUUUUCGUCGACUGGCUUCAGCAUCA